AGCCAUCUGGUGAAUCUUCUUCCCACCCACCCCAGCCAGCAAUCUCACACGACAACAUCUGCGUCACCGACGGAUCCUGACAUCAGCCACAACCCGGCAGAAAGCGUCGAGGAACAGCAUCUUCGUAUGAAAGCUGCUCACAGCUUGCAUCGUGCGUGUUGCGUUCCAGUCUGUUCCCAGUAUCGUCUCUUUUCACGCUGACUCGUUUCAGGGCCUCGUGAAUUGACGCGCAGUGCUACGACCGCGCCCACUUUUGGAUUGAAGCUUUCCAUGGUUGUUUAUUUUUCUUUCGGUCAGCGGAGGUACAUUGCUACCGUGGCAGGCAUUGAGCUGGCUGCUGGUAUAUCCGCAACUGUUGUUUUGGAUGGUCGGUGUUGCUUACAAGGCUCUGGUCUGGCUUUUCGAGCCAAAGUCACUGACUUCAAGGAUGUGCAUUUAAUUUUUCUGUAUGUUAUUGGGGAGCUAGAAAGCAGUGGAAGCAGAGUGCGGUUCGGUUACAGCCGCCUUUGCUUUUUGUCAUACUGUUUGCGUGAGGGAUUUUGAGAGAGAGAGAGCUGAAUUGUGAUCGAGGGUCGCGCGCAGGUUAUGUAGGAUACUCUUUCUCCAAUCGAGUAUUCGUUUUUUACUUGUCAUUCUUCAACAAGUUGUUUUGGUACUUGGACACGAUUUGUCGCAGAGAAAUAUGAUUCACAGAUGCGGCAGUCUAUCUACGCAUCAAUUUCAACAGUUGCAGUUGAUCGCGUCGGUGACAAUCUGAGGAGGACAUAAGCUCAGAGCUUGAGCACUAAUCUGGUAGCUUUUGUCUAAUUUUUACGACAUCUACGAUUUGAGCAAUAACGCAGAGGAACUCUCGCCUAGUUGAAAGUUUUUAGCACCAUGGACGGGGACACCAGGACGAAUUCUACGCUGACGCCAUUGCUCAAUUGCCUUCCUGACGUCGGAAGAGGAGAAUACGAUGAAUUGAAGAAGCAGCCAUCGGAAGAAACUCAUUCCCACACUGUUACGUUUCCGGACGAGGUGGUGGCACAGACACCCAUGACACCCAGCAAUCAAGAACAUUGCGUUGGAAUCGAUGACCCGAAUCGCAAGUCGAUGUACAAGCGGAUGCUGUCCCAUCCGUGUGAUGAAUUGCGGUACUUUCGGAACGGGCUGCGAUGGUUGGGUCUCGACCAAUCGACGAAACCCAAGAUGCUCUUCUCUUGGAUUGUGUUUCUUUUGUUCACGUUUGUUGUGCCUUUUGUGAACCUCACUUCCAUAUCAUGCCCGGAUUGCGAUUCACAACACCGACACCCGUUUGAGGAGCUCGUGCAAAUUGCUGAAACUGCCAUGGCGGCAGUCUCGUUCUUGUGCUUGUCACAUAUUGUACGCAGAUAUGGGUUGCGUCGCACCCUACUGCUUGACAGGAUCGCCCGCGAGUCCGAGGAGGUCCGCAAAGGAUACGAAUCGGAGCUGCAUAGCUCAUUUUCUUCACUUGGUCGAAUCCUGUUGCCAGCUGCGGUCAUUGAAAUCGCCUUCCGGUUGUGGUGGUAUGUUUACGUGUCUGUCUCAAUACCGUUCAUCCAGAACAAUCAGAGGCUCAACAUCAUCUUCAACGUUCUCUUGUGUACCUCCGGCCUCUUGUCGUGGCUGUAUCGAACCUCCGUGUUCCUCUUCACAUGCAUCUUAUUCCGCCUUCUGUGCUCGCUUCAAAUCCUUCGCUUCAAAGGCUAUACCAGCCUCCUCGAAGUGACGUCCAAUGUCUCCGUAAUCAUGUCUGAGCACUUGCGUCUCCGGAGCCAAUUGACCAUCAUAAGCCACAGGUUCCGCUCAUUCCUGCUCGCGGCACUCUUCAUCAUCAGCUUCACACAAUUUUGCUCUGUGUUCGUGCUUCUCCGCACGUAUGAAAAAUUCAAUUUCUUCCGCUGCGGAGAUCUUGUUGUAUGCUCUGUGGUGCAGCUGACUGGCCUAAUGCUUUGCCUCGGCGGAGCAGCAAAGAUCACUCACAGAGCACAACGAAUUGUUGGCAUAGUGAGCCAAUGGCAUGCUCUGGCCACUUGUAAUCCUCAUGCUGUGACGGAGUCGCUGAAAACUGAUGGUUGUGACAGCAACGACCCUCCUCAGUAUUCUUCCGCCAUGCGUGGACCUGCCCACCCACGCCUGUACAACGACUCCUCCGACGAAGUCGACAGCAGCGACGAGGAAUCACCUCGCUACUCAAGCGAUGUCGAUCAAACCAUUCACGACAUGGAGAGCUACCAAAAGCGACAGGCAUUGGUGUGCUACUUACAGCAGGCGAAGGCUGGAAUCUCCUUGUUCGGUGUGGUUCUAGAUCGUGGCUUCCUGUAUGGAAUAUUUGGAUGCACAUUCUCGCUCACCCUCUUCGUCCUCGGCAAAACCAUCAUCACUUGAGCUUGAGUAUCGAACCUACAUUGUAACCCAACUAGCUGUAGUCUAAUCGGAAGUAGAAGGUUAUGAAGUACAGAACAUGUAGUCGGGCUUGGAACCGCCAACCCUAAUCGGAGUACAAGACACCUCCAAAUGAUGGCAUGUACAGUUGCCUAAUUGCCACCGUGACUAUAAGAGCACAAUAGUGAUCGAUCUCUCAAGGGAUCAUGUUCAUCUCUUUCGCCGUUUGGCACCGGCACCUCCUAUAGGUGAAGAUCCAAGUCAGAAACCAUCUCAUGAUAAUGGUUGCAGACCCACGAGCUUAAGGAUCACAACACAUAUCUCACUUAGUCCCAGCCAAUCACUGUGAAUCUAAAAUAGCACAAUGGUCGAAUUUCUCACAACAGGAUCGAGGACGCGGCACCGCUUCCGGAAUGUUGGUGGCAUGCUUCAUCGGAGGUCUACCGACAUGCGCAUUAUGUGUUGUAUCCACCGUUACGGUGUGAUUCUGUGCCUCUGUAGUUCUGCUUCUACUGCAUAGCCGGUACAUGAAGCAUGCUCUAGAUCGUAAGGAAGGAAGCCUUUUCCAUGUGGGUCUGCUCAAUGUCGACAAGUUUGUGCAGUUUUCAGUGUCUAGACACUGUCUUUUUCGAUGGCAGAUAAGUAGGAAUCGGCGUAUUGGGGUUUUUUAUAAACAUAUGAAGAUGAGAGAUUUUCAAUGGCAGUUCAUGCUACUUCUUCUUAAGCAUGCACUUACGGGGCUUCUGUAGAGUGGUGUGAGUAGAACAUAGAUGUGAUUUUACAAGAAUUGUUUGUAUACAAAUUUUAUAUUAGUCAUUAGGUUUUUGUUAGAUAGGAUGUUGUGUCAAAAAUAUUCUACAAGUCUGUCUGGAUGUACUCAAAAAGUAUCAAAAGACUGCUUCAAUAAGAAACUUGACAAAUUUUGGUUAA